AUGCCACACUAUUUACAAUCUUAUAAUAUUAGUGACCUUCCUCCAAUUCAAGCAGUCCCCUUGACGCCGGAUAGUUUCGCUAAAUUUGGAGGAGUCCUUAGCGCCGACCACCAAGCGGAAACAGCCGAGAGUCUGAGUGCAAACUAUGGGACGGCUACUAAACUUCAUGACGUUUCACCGAUUGUCAACAAUUUUGAGGGUGGAACUGGUAAAGCGACAUGGAAUAUUUUCAGAUGCCUGGCUCCCAAACAACUUGAGAAAAGUCAAAACGGAUGUAGACGUUACCAAGGCAGUGUUCUUGAACGCCAUCCCUACUCCACGCAGGCAUUUAUUCCAAUGGGCCAACCACUGAACGAAGAUCUGUACCUUGUUAUAGUCGCGGAACUGGACGCGUCUACUGGCAACAAGCUUCCCAUUCCUACAACUUUAUCUGCAUUUGUAUGUAAGGGCAACCAGUCGGUGACAUAUGGGGCUGGAACAUGGCACGCGCCAAUGGUGGUAAUUGGUGAUGCUGCCGCUUAUAUUGAUUUUGCCGUUUUGAUCCAUGAAAGUGGAGUCGCCGACGAUGACUGCCAAGAAGUUAAAUUUGAAUCUGGCUUUAAUAUUGUGUUUUAA